AUGUUUAGAAAAAUUAAGACAAACCGACGAUCGAAAAUAAGAUUGGAGACGGUGAAUUCGCGACAAGCGCGAUUAAUGCGCUGCAAACGAAUUCAAAACGAUCCUCGAAAUACUGCGGAAAUACUCAUUCGAGAAAAACUUGUUGUGCCCCUCGAAGAUACUUCCGGGCGUCAUACUAUGUCAGUUGACGAAGUAAUACGCUCAAAUAUUGCUAAUGCUUGCGUGCCGAGGCUUGAUGAAGCUGAAUGUGAACGAUCUAUUUGCUAUAACUUAUACUAUCGAACAUUUGAUGGAACUUGUAAUAACUUACAACAACCGCUUCGUGGUGCAGCUUUUCGACCCUACAAUAGAUUGAUGCCACCUGAAUAUGAUGAUGGAUUAUCUGAACCUGUUUCAUUUACGCGACAAUUCCGACCAAGUCCAAGAGCACUUAGUCGCACAAUACUUGCUUCACGUAAGACCGUACAUCAUCCAGAAUAUAAUGCACUGAUGAUGCAAUGGGGUCAAUUCUUGACCCACGACAUGGCAAAGACUACACUCGUUCCUUCAGCAAAAUGCAAUGUUUGCAAAAAUAUCACUGAUCUUUGUAUGGCGAUCCCUAUUGAAUCAACUGAUCCAAAUGGAAUCUUCAAGAAAGGAGGGUGUAUUCGCGUAUCUCGGUCCAGCGCAAUUUGUGGAUCAGGAAAUAAGAAGCCGCGACAACAACUGAACGAAAACACUAAUUUUAUUGAUGGAUCACCUAUAUAUGGUUCAAGCAUCAAGGACAAUGAAAAAUUUCGCGAGGGGCGUACUGGUUUUCUCAAACUUCAAAAAUUUAAUGGGAUGAACACAUUACCUUUUGAUGCAAAAAAGUGCGAAAAUAAAGAAAAAUGCACUGUAAUAUUUUUGGCUGGCGAUAGUCGAGUGAAUUUAUUUAUGGGCCUCAGCUCAUUCCACAUUAUUCUUGCCAAAGAACACAACAGAAUAGCAAAGCAAUUACAAAGCCUUAAUCCUCACUGGAAUGGCGAUCGCCUAUUCAUGGAAGCUCGAAAAAUAGUUGGGGCUCAGAUUCAAGCUAUCACAUACAGGGAAUAUCUGCCAAAAAUUCUUGGUAGUUCAUUUGCAAGUACAGUGGGGGAAUAUAAUGGUUAUGACGCUAAUAUUGAUCCAACACUUGCUAAUGAAUUCAACUCUGGUGCAUUUCGUUUUGGGCAUGGCAUGAUUCAGGAUUUUUAUCCACAUUUAAAUAGCAAUAAUCAGAAUACUUCAUUCGGUGGCUAUCAAUUUGGUGAAGGCACUUUACGCUCCGAUCUUCUUUUAUUCGAGGGAGGUGUCGAUCCGGUAUUGCGAGGAAUGAUGCUCACAAGGCUUAAACGGCCACAGCGUCUUACACCAGCUGUCACUGAAAAGAUGUUUGGCAACACAGACCUUGGCACCAUUAAUAUUCAGCGUGGUCGUGACCAUGGUUUGCCACCAUACGUGAAAUUUCGACAUCUUUGCGGAAUGACUCCUGCAACUUCAUUUCACCAUUUCGCAGGAGAAAUAUUGAGUACAAAAGCGCGCGACAAAUUAAAAUCGAUGUAUGAAUCUCCAGAUAAAGUAGACUUUUUUGUUGGCGCUAUGAUGGAAGAUCCAGUUGUAAAAGGAUUAAUAGGUCCGACACUUGCUUGUAUCAUUGGUCCUCAGUUCCAACGUUUACGUGAUGGAGAUCGCUUUUAUUACGAGAAUCCUGGGAUUUUCACAAGAUCACAACUCAAAGAAAUCCGCAAAAGCAGUCUCGCUAGGAUUUUGUGUGAUAACGGUGAUAAUAUUGAAUCCGUACCACGUGAAGCACUUCGUAUCGGUCCAUUAAUUCCUUGCAGUCAAAUUCCACAAAUGAAUUUGACAAUGUGGAAAGAAUAA